AUCGUAGUGACCACCAAGGGCCUAUGUAAGAGAGCUAUCUACUAUAUCAUUUAUCCAAAACCUCAAGUGCGACAUCAUUAACAAUGGCCGCCAACGACAUUGACAAAAAAGUUCCCCGGACCUCCACCCGAGUCGUCUCCAGCACCAAAGUCUGGACGACUCUCAUCACCAACACCGCUUACCUCUCGGGCUUGCUCACCCUUGAUGCCGCGCUCAAAUCCGUAGGCAGCAAAUAUCCUCUCAUCGCCCUCUACACCGAUACCUUCCCCGAGGAAGGCCACGCCGCACUCGAUGCACGCCGCAUCCCCAAACAACGCGUCGAAUACCUCCUCCCUUCCGCGUCCAAAGACUUCUCCAACGACCCUCGCUUCUACGAUUGUUGGUCGAAACUCACACCUUUCAGUUUGACGGAAUAUGAUCGCGUGAUACAAUUGGACAGUGACAUGUUGGUUUUGCAAAACAUGGAUGAACUGAUGGAUGUACCACUCGAUGCUGCAGACAUGAAAGGGACGGGAAAGAGGGUGUUCGCGGCAAGUCAUGCUUGUGUCUGUAAUCCGUUGAAAAAGCCACAUUAUCCCAAAGACUGGAUUCCAGAGAACUGCGCGUUUACGACGCAACACUCCACCCCCGAGGCAGCGCAGACCUCUGGCCCGGAGCCUUCAGCGGGAUUGGCAAUGCCGAAUGGCGGUUUGCAGGUUGUAGUUCCGUCAAUGGCGACGUAUGAUCUGAUUUCAGAACGUUUGAGAGACCCGAGUGCUAUGGAGUAUGAUUUUGCGGAUCAGUCGCUAUUGGGAGAUCUGUUCCACGGGCGAUGGGUUGCGUUGCCUUAUACGUAUAAUGCGCUCAAGACGUUGAGAUGGAAGGGUGUACAUGAUCAGAUUUGGAGAGAUUCGGAGGUCAAGAAUGUGCACUAUAUCUUGAGUCCGAAGCCGUGGGAAGAGACGGGGGAGCAGAAGAAGGCGGAGGGAAGAGAUGAGAGUCACCAGUGGUGGUGGAGUAUGAACGAGAAGAGACUGGAGAGGGAGAGAAAGGAGGGUGUGAAUGAUGGAUUUUGAGCGCUCAGAUCUAGCCUUUAGCCUCUAGGGGGAUACUUGGAAAGAGAGAUGUUGGCAUAUUGCAUUGGAUGCACAGAUGGAGGGCACGAAGGAAUAAUGCGCAGUUCAGGGAGAGGUAUCGCCGUGUUGUGCCGCUUGUGCGAGUGUCGCCUGCUUUUCAACGGCUGGCAGAGUACAUGUACAUGUACCACC